CUGUUCCUCCUCUGUAUAAAGUUCCUUGUACAACUCAAAAUCCAUCUGGGUUUCGUGUUAGAAUUUGUGGGUUUUGAGUAAAUCUGUUUGUUUCAAUAGAAAAAAGGUGACUUUGAUUCCCCGGAAAUUUGACGAAUUUUGGGAGCUAAUUCUGGGAAUUGCACAUAGUUUCUGGGUAUUCUUUAUUCUUUGAUUUCUGAAAAAAAAAAACUGAACCUUCGGAUUCUAAACCAAAACCAACGAGCUCCAAUGGUGGUGGCGACGACUAUAGCUCUUUACGCGAGCCCACCAAGUAGCGUUUGUUCCACGCCACAUCAGAUCUCAUGUGAUUUCGAUCUGACCUCCAGGAGUUCGUCAACGUCACCUUCCAUGGCUUCCUCGCCGCAGAAACCAAUCGUCGGUGGCCUCUCUUCACUUUUCUCCGGCGCAUCCGUCAAAUCUUCAGCUUCUUCUUGCUCAUACUCAACCGGAGUAGAUGAGUUUUCUUCACUACGCUAUGAUCGGAGUGAUGAUUUAAAAGAUCUGAGCUUGAGCAGCUCCUUUUGUUAUUCUCCGGCAAAAUUUGUGAAUUCUUCUUCGUAUCUUAGACGAGAUCACCAGAGUCCUAUCUCUGUGCUUCACGGUCCAGUUUCUUGUAGUUGUAGCCCUCCGAUGAGAAUGUCUCGUGAUCGAAAUCUCGAUGGCUCGUUUCGUUUAGGAGCUAGUGGAUUGUUCAAUGGUUUCGUAAGGAAAGCUCUUGGAUCAUGUGUGGAUUACGAAUUGGGAUCGGAUUCUGUUCUCGUUGAUGAGCUAACGUUUCCUAUGGAGGAUGGUUUUGGGGUUGAUACAAGAAAGCCAUAUGCUAGGGAUUUGUUAAGACGUGCUCAAGUUAGACACAAGAUCUUCAAAGAUGAGUCUGUGAUCAAAGCAUUUUACGAAGCAGAGAAAGCUCAUAGAGGACAGAUGAGAGCUAGUGGUGAUCCUUACCUUCAACAUUGUGUUGAGACUGCUAUGUUGUUGGCUAAUAUCGGAGCUAACUCAACUGUUGUUGUUGCUGGGCUUCUUCAUGAUACUAUAGAUGAUUCAUUCAUGAGCUAUGAUUAUAUUCUCAGAAACUUUGGAGCAGGAGUGGCUGAUUUGGUUGAAGGGGUUUCAAAGCUUAGCCAAUUGAGCAAACUCGCUAGAGAGAACAAUACGGCGUGUAAAACUGUUGAAGCAGAUCGAUUGCACACAAUGUUUCUUGCAAUGGCAGAUGCAAGAGCUGUUCUUAUAAAACUGGCUGAUCGAUUACACAACAUGAAGACGCUUUACGCUUUGUCCCCAGUGAAGCAGCAGAGGUUUGCUAAAGAGACGCUGGAAAUAUUUGCACCGUUGGCUAAUCGCUUGGGAAUCUCUACCUGGAAAGUUCAGCUUGAAAAUCUUUGUUUCAAGCAUCUUUACCCAAACCAGCAUAAUGAGAUGUCAACCAUGCUUGAGGAUUCAUUCGAUGAAGCCAUGAUUACUUCUGCAAUAGAGAAAUUGGAGCAAGCUCUUAAGAAAGAAGGCAUUUCUUAUCAUGUUCUGUGUGGCCGGCACAAGAGCUUGUAUAGUAUUUACAGCAAGAUGUUGAAGAAAAAGCUAACAGUGGAUGAAAUUCAUGACAUUCAUGGGUUACGUUUGAUUGUUGACAACGAAGGAGAUUGUUACAAGGCCUUAGGAGUAGUUCAUAGCUUAUGGUCUGAAGUUCCUGGAAAGCUGAAGGAUUACAUAACUCAUCCCAAAUUCAACGGGUAUCAAUCUUUGCACACGGUAGUGAUGGACAAUGGAACAGUCCCACUUGAAGUCCAAAUACGUACACAGGAGAUGCAUUUGCAGGCAGAAUUUGGGUUUGCAGCUCAUUGGAGGUACAAGGAAGGUGACUGCAAAUACUCUUCGUUUGUGCUUCAGAUGGUUGAAUGGGCUCGGUGGGUUGUAACCUGGCAUUGCGAAGCAAUGAGCAAAGACCGAUCUUCCAUAAGUUCUUCUGAUUCCAUCAAACCCCCUUGCAAGUUUCCGUCUCACUCCGAGGACUGCCCGGCUUCUUACAAGCCUAACAGUAGCCAGGACGGACCAGUCUAUGUCAUCGUAAUCGAAAAUGACAAGAUGUCUGUGCAAGAAUUUCCAGCGAGUUCUACAGUCUCGGAUCUGCUAAGCCGGGCGGGGCCAGGGAGCUCGAGGUGGUCCAUGUAUGGCAUACCAGCGAAGGAAGAACUAAGGCCAAGGCUGAACCAAAGACCUGUAAGUGACCUCAAGUGGAAACUGAAGAUGGGUGAUGUGGUGGAGCUGACUCCAACAAUUCCUGACGAGUCUCUGACUGAAUACAGAGAAGAGAUUCAACGGAUAGCAAGGGGAGUGCUUCUUGUGGUACUAGUAGUUAUGGCCACCACAAUAGUAAACGGGACACCGGUUGUCGAUAAAGCAAAAGAUGCAGCUGAAUCAGUUGGUGAUAAAGUCAGUGAAGCAGCUACAACAGUUGGCGAUAAAGCAAAAGAUGCAGCUGCAUCAGUUGGUGUUAAAGUACCGGGAGCCAAAGCAGGCGGUGCAUCACUUGAUGUUAAAGCAUCAGGAGCUAAAGGAGAUGGCAAAACUGAUGACAGUGCGGCAUUUGCGGCUGCAUGGAAAGAAGCGUGUGCAGCAGGGAGCACGAUUACAGUGCCCAAAGGUGAGUAUUUGGUAGAGAGCCUAGAGUUCAAAGGUCCAUGCAAAGGUCCAGUCACUUUGGAAUUGAAUGGCAAUCUUAAGGCUCCGGCUACGGUCAAGACCUCUAAACCUCAUUCCGGAUGGAUUGAUUUCGAAAACAUCGCUGAUUUCACUUUGAAUGGAAACGGGGCCAUUUUUGACGGUCAAGGUUCCCUUGCUUGGAAGGCCAAUGACUGCGCUAAAACCGGCAAAUGCAACUCUCUCCCCAUCAACAUCCGAUUCACGGGUCUAACAAACUCGAAAAUUAAGAGUAUUACAUCAACAAACAGCAAACUUUUCCACAUGAACAUCCUUAACUGCAAAAACAUAACUCUUGAGGAUAUUGGUAUUGAUGCACCUCCGGAGAGUCUCAAUACCGAUGGUAUCCACAUCGGAAGGUCCAAUGGCGUCAACUUACUAGGGGCAAAGAUUAAAACCGGAGACGACUGCGUUUCCAUUGGAGAUGGUACUGAAAAUCUCAUUGUUGAGAACGUAGAAUGUGGACCAGGACACGGAAUUUCCAUUGGAAGUCUUGGAAGAUACCCUAAUGAGCAACCAGUAAAAGGAGUCACCGUGAGGAAAUGCCUUAUCAAGAACACUGACAAUGGUGUUCGCAUCAAGACAUGGCCAGGAUCUCCUCCCGGUAUCGCCUCCAACAUUCUUUUCGAAGAUAUCACAAUGGACAAUGUUAGCACCCCUGUUCUCAUCGACCAAGAGUACUGUCCUUAUGGCCACUGCAAAGCUGGGGUACCAUCGAAAGUGAAGUUGUCGGACGUGACUAUCAAGAACAUUAAGGGAACAUCAGCAACGAAGGUGGCUGUGAAACUUAUGUGCAGCAAAGGCGUUCCUUGCACCAAUAUUGCUCUCGCUGACAUCAACUUGGUCCACAACGGCAAAGAGGGACCAGCUGUCUCGGCAUGUUCUAACAUCAAGCCUAUUCUUUCCGGAAAGUUGGUUCCAGCGGCUUGCACUGAAGUCGCUAAACCGGGUCCUUAAAUUAAAGUCGCAUGUCCACC